AUACAAUGUUUAAAAAUUUACCUUAACACAGUUUUGGCUAAAACAAAAUGGGUGUGAACAAUUUACAAAUUAUAUUUGAUAAUCCAACUGCAGUAUUYACCCCUGGUGAAAUAAUUACUGGCAAAGUUUUAAUUAUUGUUAGCGAUUCUGUUAAAAUAAAAAAAGUGAAAUUAAAAUUUCGAGGAGAAGGUAAUGUGUUGUGGAAAGAACAUAAUCUUAUGACCCGAAGAAAUAGUAAGAAUGGAAAUAGAAGGCAUAGCCUUACACAUAAUAAGACUAAAACUGAAAGAUAUACUGCAAAAGAAGAAUAUUUUAAUCACAAAAUAAUAUUGGCAGGCGGGGAAGGAAAAUUACUUUUAAAAGAAGGGGAAUAUAUUUAUCAAUUUAGUGUUUCUUUACCAGAACACUUACCAACAACAUUUGAAGCAGAGUACGGGCGUAUACAAUAUACAGCUAAAGCAGUAAUUAGUAUACCUUGGGAUAUUAAGAAAGGUAAAGAAAUUGAAUUUCAAGUUAUUUCUGCCUUAAAUUUGAAUGAUGAACCAUCUUUAGCUGAACCUAAAAUACUAGAAAGAGAGAAGUUUUACUGUUGCUGUUGUUGCAAGUCAGGACCAAUGACAAUGAUUGUCUAUGUUCCUCAUACUGGUUUUGUUCCAGGACAAUCUAUACCAGUUACAGUUGAACUGGAUAAUAACAGCAAUAUGGAUGUAGAUUCUGUUAUAAUAAAACUGGAAAGAUUACUGAAAUUUAAAGCACGAUUCCCAAGUAGYAAAACAAAGUGUAAAACAUUUACGAUUGUAAAUGUAUGUGUGGAUGGUGUUGAAAAACACUCUUCGAAAACCCGCGUGGAACAAAUUCAAAUUCCAAAUAAUUUAAUAAUACCAAAUUUAAAAUAUUGUGGAAUUAUAACUGAUACAUAUUUUCUACAUAUUGAGGCUUGUGUAAGUGGAGGUUAUAUAAAUGAAGUAAUUUCUACUAACAUAGUAUUGGGAGAUAUCCCAAUGAUAAUACCUACCGCCACUCAUCAAUUUGAUUAUUCUUUUCUACCAUCAAAUCAAUGUAACUUUUCAAAUGAACCAAUUCUAACAAAUCAUCUUCCGGCUAAAGAUGUUACUGAGCUAAUUUCAGUUCCUGGAUAUGCUCAACAAGUAGUUCCAAGUAAUCAAUUAUAUUAACUAUAAUAAAGAAAACUGGCAUUUAAAAUUUUGCUUUAGUGCAAAAAAUGUCUAUCAAAGAGCCUGCAUAGUAAUAUAGUAUACAUGUAUUAUACAAUAUUCAUAUUAAAUAUAUUAUGAUAUCAUGUACAAACAAUAUCGUAKACGAACCAAAAUAAACAAUUUAAUGAAGUACAAGUCUUAUAUAGAUACUUAAGUUUAAAUAUUUUAAUUGUAAAAGAAAAAAGAUGACCCAAAGAACAUUGAUAGUUUUUCUAAUAAUUGUCAUCGCCGAGGAUAGAAUUUAAUUCAUAUUAUUUUAUGAACAUUGAAUACAAUUAUUAUAACAAUUCAUUUUUAGAUUUGUAUAAAUAUAUACCUAGUUCCAGUUCCUUCAGUAUCUUAAAUUUUGUAAGUAGGUAUUAAUUUUUUGAAUGUAAUAUUUGA